CCUGAGGACGGGCCGAGGAAAGGAAGGCCACGCGUGAGAGGGGCCGCGGGGCGGGCGCGGAGGCGGGGCGGCGGCAGCGGGCAGGCGGCGGGCGGUGCUGUCAGUGCGAGGCGGCGAGUGGAAUGCAGCGGCCCGAGGCCUGGCCACGUCCGCACCCGGGGGAGGGGGCCGCGGCGGCCCACGCCGGGGGCCCAGCGCCGCCUGCUCAAGCUGGGGAGCCCUCGGGGCUGCGGUUGCAGGAACCUUCCCUCUACACCAUCAAGGCUGUUUUCAUCCUAGAUAAUGAUGGGCACCGGCUGCUGGCCAAGUAUUAUGAUGACACAUUCCCCUCCAUGAAGGAGCAGAUGGUUUUUGAGAAAAAUGUCUUCAACAAGACCAGCCGGACUGACAGUGAGAUUGCAUUUUUCGGGGGCAUGACCAUCGUCUACAAGAACAGCAUUGACCUCUUCCUAUACGUGGUGGGCUCAUCCUAUGAGAAUGAGCUGAUGCUCAUGGCUGUUCUCACCUGCCUGUUUGAAUCUCUGAACCACAUGUUAAGGAAGAACGUGGAGAAACGCUGGUUGCUCGAGAACAUGGACGGAGCCUUCUUGGUGCUAGACGAGAUUGUGGAUGGCGGUGUGAUUCUGGAGAGUGACCCUCAGCAAGUGAUCCAGAAGGUGAAUUUUAGGGCAGAUGAUGGCGGCUUGACUGAACAGAGUGUGGCCCAGGUUCUUCAGUCCGCCAAGGAACAAAUUAAAUGGUCGUUAUUGAAAUGAAGGCUGUGGAUUCAAGGUUCCCUGCCCUCCAGACCAUUUCCCCACUCCUGGCAACAGCCCAAAGAUCCCAGGGUCAGGAGAGACCCCUCUGCAUCCCCAGGCUCCUCCCAGAACUGACUCCCAAGGUCUCCAGCCAGGAGAUGCAAAAGUCUGGCCUCAGCAGAGUCACCUCUUCUCAUUGCCCCGGCCUUAACUCAUACCCUAGGCAUUCCUGGCCCCAGGGCCCUAAUAAACCUGCUUUUGUCUUCUGCCAA